CGCGGGGGGGGGGGGGGGAGGCCUUGCGGGCGGAUCGGGAGCUUGGCGGUGGAGGGAGACUGCGGGCGAGAGAGUGGGUCAGGCCGGCCCUGGCGAUGGCGGACGCGGCGGCCUCCCCGGUGGGCAAGCGGCUGCUGCUCCUGUUCGCGGACACUGCGGCCUCAGCCUCGGCUUCGGCCCCCGCGGCGGCGGCGGCGAGCGGAGAUCCGGGGCCUUCGCUGCGCACUCGAGCCUGGCGGGCCGGCACGGUGCGGGCCAUGAGCGGGGCGGUGCCCCAGGACCUAGCGAUCUUUGUGGAAUUUGAUGGCUGUAACUGGAAGCAACACUCCUGGGUUAAAGUUCACGCUGAAGAAGUUAUUGUGCUUUUGCUGGAAGGAUCUCUCGUAUGGGCACCCCGGAAAGACCCAGUCCUUCUUCAGGGCACUCGAGUCUCAAUUGCACAGUGGCCGGCCCUGACUUUCACUCCCCUGGUAGAUAAACUGGGUUUGGGUUCUGUGGUUCCAGUGGAAUAUCUUCUGGAUCGAGAGCUUCGGUUCUUAUCAGAUGCUAAUGGUUUACAUCUGUUCCAGGUACUUAACACUUGCUCUAAGAAUAAUCUAAAAUUACCUCCUUCUGCUUUUAAGAACAAUUAUGAAAUACAGCUUAGCCAGAAAUAUUCAAUAUUGACUGAUGUUUCCACUUCAGGUCCUUACAGCAUUCAAGGUCACAGGGUCAAAGUGUACCAGCCAGAAGGAGAAGAAGGAUGGCUCUAUGGUGUGGUUAGCCAUCAAGACACCAUCACCCGUCUUAUGGAGGUAUCUGUAACUGAGAGUGGUGAGAUCAAGUCAGUAGAUCCCAGACUAAUCCAUGUGAUGCUGGUGGAUAACACAACAUCUCAGAGCGAGGGGGGUACGAUAAAAGCAGUAAAAUCUUCCAAAGGAAAGAAGAAGAGAGAGAGCAUAGAGGGGAAAGAUGGCCGAAGGAGAAAAACUGCUUCAGACUCUGGGUGUGACCCUGCAUCAAAGAAAUUAAAAGGAGACAGGGGUGAAGUAGACAGUAAUGGGAGCGAUGGAGGUGAGGCAAGCCGAGGGCCCUGGAAAGGAGGGAAUGCCAGUGGAGAGCCAGGGCUGGACCAGAGACCCAAGCAGCCACCAUCUACAUUUGUCCCUCAGAUUAACCGCAACAUUCGCUUUGCCACUUACACCAAAGAAAACGGCAGGACUCUGGUGGUGCAGGAUGAGCCUGUAGGUGGGGACACACCUGUACCUUUUACUUCGUAUUCUGCAGCCACAGGUCAGACACCUUUGGCCCCAGAGAUGAGUGGAGCCGAAAACAAAGAGGCAGGAAAAACACUGGAACAAGUUGGCCAGGGCAUGCUGGCUCCAGCAGCUGUGGUCACUACUGCCAGCUCCACCCCAACUACAGUGAGGAUCUCAGACACUGGUCUUGCAGCAGGGACUGGGCUGGAAAAACAGAAAGGCAGCUGGUCCCAGGCCUCAGGAGAGAAUUCAAGAAAUUCUGUCCUGGCCGCUUCUGGAUUUGGAGCACCUCUCCCAAGUUCAUUGCAACCGCUGACUUUUGGAAGUGGAAGGAACCAGUCCAAUGGGGUUCUAGCCACAGAAAACAAACCUUUGGGCUUCUCUUUUGGUUGUAGUUCUGCACCAGAGUCUCAGAAAGACUCUGAUCUCUCCAAAAACUUGUUUUUUCAAUGCAUGUCUCAAACUUUACCCACCAGUAACUACUUCACUGCAGUUUCAGAGAGUUUGGCUGAUGAUUCCUCUAGUAGGGACUCAUUCAAACAAAGCCUUGAGAACCUAAGCUCAGGCCUGUGUAAAGGUAGAUCUACUCUUGGAACAGACAGUAAGCCAGGCUCUAAGGCUGGCAGCUCUGUGGACCGGAAAGUGCCUACAGAGUCCAUGCCCACUCUCACUCCAGCCUUCCCACGGAGCCUCCUAAAUGCCCGUACCCCAGAAAGUCAUGAAAAUCUAUUUUUACAGCCCCCCAAACUGUCCCGAGAAGAGCCUUCUAACCCUUUCCUGGCAUUUGUGGAGAAAGUUGAACAUAGCCCUUUCAGCAGCUUUGCAUCUCAGGCAUCAGGCAGCUCUUCCUCUGCUACCACCGUCACCUCCAAGGCAACACCUAGCUGGACCGAGUCUCACACUGCAGAUUCGGCAUCUUUAGCAAAGAAGAAAACCCUCUUCAUUACAACUGACUCCUCCAAGCUGGUGUCUGGUGUUCUGGGCUCAGCUCUUACCACCGGGUGCCCAAGCAUCUCUGCCAUGGGGAAUGGCCGCUCCAGCUCACCCACCAGCAGCCUCACUCAACCCAUAGAGAUGCCUACUCUCUCCUCUAGCCCCACAGAGGAGGGGCCAACUGUGGGGCCUGGGCAGCAGGACAAUCCCCUUCUCAAAACCUUUAGUAACGUCUUUGGCCGGCACUCAGGCGGUUUUCUGUCCUCUGCGGCAGAAUUUUCACAGGAGAACAAAGCUCCUUUUGAAGCUGUGAAAAGGUUCUCACUGGAUGAGCGAAGCUUGGCUUGUAGACAGGACUCAGACUCCAGCACCAACAGUGACCUGUCAGAUUUGAGCGACUCAGAGGAGCAGCUGCAGGCUAAGACUGGCCUGAAGGGGAUUCCAGAGCACCUGAUGGGGAAGCUGGGCCCCAAUGGGGAGCGCAGUGCUGAGCUGUUGCUGGGCAAAAGCAAAGGGAAGCAGGCCCCCAAGGGCCGACCUCGAACUGCCCCCCUGAAAGUUGGCCAAUCGGUGCUGAAAGAUGUCAGCAAAGUGAAGAAGCUGAAGCAGUCUGGAGAGCCCUUCCUGCAAGAUGGAUCAUGCAUCAAUGUGGCACCUCACCUGCACAAGUGUCGUGAGUGCCGCCUGGAACGGUAUCGAAAGUUUAAAGAACAGGAGCAAGAUGAUUCUACUGUAGCCUGCCGCUUCUUUCAUUUCCGGAGGUUGAUCUUUACUCGAAAGGGGGUACUCCGUGUGGAGGGGUUUCUGAGCCCCCAGCAAAGUGACCCUGAUGCCAUGAACCUGUGGAUUCCCUCUUCCUCCCUAGCAGAAGGGAUAGACCUAGAGACCUCAAAAUACAUCCUGGCCAAUGUUGGAGACCAGUUCUGCCAGCUUGUAAUGUCUGAGAAGGAGGCCAUGAUGAUGGUGGAGCCACACCUAAAAUCAUUCAUUUCUAUUUCAGAGACAGAGGAAAUAGGUGAUGAAGAGGUUUUCUCCUGGUUGAAGUGUGCAAAAGGACAGUCCCAUGAACCAGAGAAUCUCAUGCCUACACAGAUCAUCCCUGGCACAGCUCUUUACAAUAUUGGAGACAUGGUACAUGCUGCCCGGGGGAAGUGGGGAAUUAAAGCAAACUGCCCUUGUAUUAGUCGACAGAAUAAAUCUGUGUUGAGACCUGCUGUCACUAAUGGGAUGUCUCAGCUUCCUAGCAUAAACCCUAGUGCCUCUUCUGGAAAUGAAACUGCCUUCUCAGGUGGAGGAGGAACUGCAACAAUAACAACUCCAGGGCCCGACCAUGUUCCCAAAGCUGACAGCACUGACAUCAGAACUGAAGAGCCUCUGAAAGCAGACAGUUCAGCAUCAAAUAGCAAUAGUGAGCUAAAAGCCAUUAGGCCUCCUUGUCCUGAUACAGCCCAACCCUCCUCUGCCCUGCACUGGUUGGCUGAUUUAGCAACUCAGAAGGCUAAAGAAGAAACAAAAGAAGCAGGGUCCCUGAGGUCGGUGCUCAGUAAAGAGUCUCAUUCACCCUUUGGGCUGGACUCAUUCAACUCCACUGCAAAGAUCUCUCCAUUGACUCCAAAGCUUUUUAACAGUCUGUUACUGGGUCCCACUGCCUCCAACAACAAAACCGAAGGCUCUAGCCUUCGAGACCUCCUUCACUCCGGGCCUGGAAAGCUUCCUCAAACCCCCUUGGACACAGGCAUACCCUUCCCCCCGGUCUUCUCUGCAUCCUCAGCAGGAGUGAAGAGCAAGGCCAGCCUACCCAACUUUCUUGACCACAUUAUUGCCUCAGUGGUGGAAAACAAGAAAACCUCAGAUGCCUCAAAACGGGCCUGCAACUUGACUGAUACCCAAAAGGAAGUGAAGGAGAUGGUGAUGGGGUUAAACGUACUAGACCCCCAUACUUCUCACUCCUGGCUCUGUGAUGGGAGGCUUCUGUGUCUCCAUGACCCCAGCAACAAAAACAAUUGGAAGAUCUUCCGGGAGUGUUGGAAGCAAGGUCAGCCAGUGCUGGUUUCAGGGGUGCAUAAAAAGCUCAAGUCUGAACUCUGGAAGCCAGAAGCCUUUAGCCAGGAAUUUGGAGACCAGGAUGUGGAUUUGGUGAACUGCAGGAACUGUGCUAUAAUUUCUGAUGUGAAAGUUCGGGAUUUUUGGGAUGGUUUCGAGAUUAUAUGCAAGCGACUAAGGUCAGAAGAUGGGCAACCAAUGGUGCUCAAACUCAAGGACUGGCCUCCUGGGGAAGAUUUUCGAGACAUGAUGCCAACGAGGUUUGAAGAUCUAAUGGAGAACCUUCCUCUGCCAGAAUAUACCAAACGAGAUGGCAGGCUCAAUCUGGCUUCUAGGCUACCCAGCUACUUUGUAAGGCCUGAUCUGGGCCCCAAGAUGUACAACGCCUAUGGCUUGAUAACAGCAGAAGAUAGAAGAGUUGGCACAACAAAUCUUCACUUAGACGUGUCUGAUGCUGUUAAUGUGAUGGUGUAUGUUGGGAUCCCCAUCGGGGAGGGUGCUCAUGAUGAAGAGGUCCUCAAGACAAUUGAUGAGGGAGACGCUGAUGAGGUGACAAAGCAGAGGAUUCAUGAUGGAAAAGAGAAGCCAGGUGCUUUAUGGCACAUCUAUGCAGCCAAGGAUGCAGAGAAGAUCCGGGAGCUACUCCGGAAGGUUGGAGAAGAGCAAGGCCAAGAGAAUCCUCCUGAUCAUGACCCAAUUCAUGACCAAAGUUGGUACCUGGACCAGACCCUCCGUAAGCGACUCUAUGAGGAGUAUGGUGUGCAAGGCUGGGCCAUUGUGCAGUUCCUUGGUGAUGCUGUCUUCAUACCUGCUGGAGCCCCACACCAGGUUCACAAUCUAUACAGUUGCAUAAAAGUAGCAGAAGAUUUUGUAUCUCCAGAACAUGUAAAGCACUGUUUCCGCCUGACUCAGGAAUUCAGGCAUCUCUCUAACACUCAUACAAAUCAUGAGGAUAAACUGCAGGUGAAGAACAUCAUUUACCAUGCAGUGAAAGAUGCUGUUGGCACCCUCAAGGCUCAUGAAUCCAAAUUGGCAAGGUCUUAGGCAUGGAGAAAUUCCAAACUCUCCUGUGAAGCAGGUUUUUCACUCACAACACUUACAGGGAACAGCAGGGAUUUCUGCUGGAGCAGAGGCCCUUCACCUGGAGCCAGUGUGGUCAGUAUUACAAACUCUACAGCCACUCUUUUGUAUGCUGCCUCAACACCGAAGGUUGACACAGGAACGUCGCACUGUUCGCACACACAGUUUCAGACUCCAAGCCAAGGGUGUCACAUCCCCAUCCUGUGGCCUUUGGGGAAUCCGAAUUGCCUGAACAUCACUGGGCUUUCUUGCACGUUCUCCUGAAAUGAAAUUUUGUGGAAACCAGGAAUGUGGGCACACCUUUGUUUUCUUUUCCUUUUGUGCCUAGUUAAGUGGGAAUGUGUUUGAAGGUAGAGGGAAUCACAUAACUGGUACAGGUAGGGGGUAAUUGCUUAAACAUGCCUGGUGGAAUUCUAACAGUGUCUCUGCACGUGACCUCUGACAAGGCCCAUCCCAGAAGAUGGGGUGAAGCCGUUCACCCCAGAAGACGGGGUGAAGCCAUUCCCCACACUUUUUCCCAUAAACAGUGGAGUCAUAUAGGACCCAGGGAGAACCCACUGCUUUUCCCAGGAGGCUCCAGGAUUAGGAAACGUGUGUAUUUAGUGAAAAAUAGGUUUGUAGUGAAAUAGUUACUAUUUCAUGAAAGUAGAUAUUUUUAGAAUUUUUGAAAUACCACAGUUGUUUUCCUGGAUAUUGAGGAAAGGCACAUUACAUUUAGUCUUCCUUUCGAAAAAACUCUUUGAAGAAAUAUGAUUUUUAGAAAUCAGCUGCCCAUUAUAGCACAAAGUCAGCCAAAGCAGAACUUAAAAGAAUUGGCAUUUUAGAAUUCUUUUAGUUUCUCUCCCUCCCAUCUCAGUCAUAUCUUGAGGGAACAGUCAUCUGAGAAAGAAUCUGUCACGUCUGAGCUGUGGUGUGUUCUCUCCAUGUACACACUGGUGACUCCAGGAACCGUUUUCACCUAUUACCAGCGUUCCCUGGGGACUCCUCUCAUGUUUCUAAACAGGAAGGACAGUUUGAUUUCCAACAUGAGGUUUUUUGUUUUUUGUCCAGAAAUAUUUCCAGCAAAACUUUCCAACUCAGUGGAGUUUUAAGAAUUUAUUUGAAAAUGAUGGAACUCAUUGGCCCAUGGGUACAUUGGGAAAUGUAUCUCUUUCCAGCUGUACUGUAGUGCCCUGCAGGCUUGUUUAUAUGUUCACAGUUACUUUUUUUUUUUUUAAUAAAAGUCAUUUACUGUAGAAUACUUUUAAUUUCACUUCUUGUAUUUUAAUUUUGUUGAAGGGCUGAUUGGGAUUUCCAUGUUCUUAUUAAAAAUCUAACAAAUCUG